GCGCAGUGUGCAGCGCGCCAGCCAGGCCAAGAUGGCGCCGCCCAGGGGAGGCGAGCGGAGGUCGCGGGGCGGCCGCUGACACACACAGAGAGAGAAGGAGAGAGACACAGACACAGACAUAGUCACACAGAGAGCGGGCAGGCGGGGACCGCGGCUGCCGGCGACGCUCCGAGCGCCGGGCCACAGCGGAGAGAAGGAGGAGCGGCAGCAGCGGUGAGUCCGGGCCCCGGUAACCAGGGACAACGCGGCCCAGCCCCGAGCCCGGGGACAGACAGACAGACAGAGGCAGCGGCCGCGCCGUCUCUCCACGAUGCCCGGAUCUCUCCCUGCCAACGCGGAGGCCCGCUGGCCCAAGGAUGUGGGCAUCAUCGCCAUGGAGAUCUACUUCCCGGCGCAGUUUGUGGAGCAGUCGGAGCUGGAGCACUUUGACGGGGUGGACGCGGGCAAGUACACGGUGGGGCUGGGCCAGUCCCGCAUGGGCUUCUGCUCCGACCGCGAGGACAUCAACUCGCUGUGCCUGACCGCCGUGCAGCGGCUGCUGGAGAGGAACAGCCUGCCGUGCGAGAGCAUCGGGCGGCUGGAGGUGGGCACCGAGACCAUCAUCGACAAGUCCAAGUCCGUCAAGACCGUGCUGAUGCAGCUCUUCGAGGAGUCGGGCAACACGGACAUCGAGGGCAUCGACACCACCAAUGCCUGCUAUGGGGGCACUGCCGCCCUCUUCAACUCUGUCAACUGGGUGGAGUCCAGCUCGUGGGAUGGGCGGUACGCGCUGGUGGUCGCUGGUGACAUCGCGGUGUACGCCACAGGGAGCGCCCGUCCCACGGGAGGGGCCGGCGCCAUCGCCAUGCUGGUCGGACCCGACGCGCCCCUGGCCUUCGAGCGAGGCCUGCGGGGAACGCACAUGCAGCACGUGUAUGAUUUCUACAAGCCCGACAUGGUGUCAGAGUACCCGGUAGUGGACGGCAAGCUGUCCAUUCAGUGCUACCUCAGCGCGCUGGAUCACUGCUACAAGUUCUACUGCAACAAAUACCUGGCUCAGAAGCAGAAGGAGGGCAGUGAUGCACGCAUCACCAUGCAAGACUUUGACUACAUGGUGUUCCACACGCCCUACUGCAAGCUGGUGCAGAAGUCCGUGGGCCGCCUGCUGUUCAACGACUUCCUCCGCCACCCCAAGCCCAACACCGAGAGCGGUCUCUUCAGCGGCCUCGAGGCCUUCAGGGACCUGAAGCUGGAGGACACGUACUUCAACAGGGAUGUGGAGAAGGCCUUCCUGAAGGCCAGCACCGAGAUCUUCCAGCAGAAGACCCAGCCCUCGCUCAUGGUCUCUAACCAGAACGGCAACAUGUACACGCCCUCUGUCUACGGCUGCCUGUCCGCUGUCUUGGCCCAACGCUCGGCCAAGCAGCUGGCGGGCCAGCGGAUCGGCCUCUUCUCCUACGGCUCGGGCUUUGCCGCCACACUGUACUCGCUGCGCGUGAGCCAAGACGCCGCGCCCGACUCGCCGCUCGACAAGCUGGUGUCCAGCCUGGCCGACCUGCAGGCCCGGCUCGACUCCCGCAAGAAGGUGUCGCCAGAAGACUUCGCCGCCAGCAUGAAGCUGAGGGAGGACACCCACCACCUGGCCGGGCAGCAGCCCCGGGACGCGGUGGAGGAUCUGUUCCCCGGCACCUGGUACCUGACGGGGGUGGACGACAAGCACCGCCGAGACUACGCCCGCCACCCCUUCCUGCUCAACGGCACGGCCGAGCCUAACCGCGGCACCGCACAGUGCGCUCCCAGCCCCGCCAAAAAGAUGCCCAGAAUCCCAGCCACGGCCGCCAAAGCCGGCACGGCCGGCCUCACCAACGGAGACCACUGAGGCAGCUCCCUGCCCGCGCGGACCGGACGGACGAAUGGGGGGGGGGGGGGGCAGAGAGAGAGUCCUCCUCCCCCCCUCCCCUCCCCCGGCCCGCUGAGUCUGAAGAUCGAUGCAUGAAAUUGGCGGCACCCCUGGACAGUGGGCGGCAGUCGGAGUCCGGGACGGGACCGUACAGAAGACCCUCGUCCUGUCCCCACUGCUUUGUCCUUUCCAUUUGCAAACCGGACCCUGUAAUUAUUUUUUUAAUUCUGUUGGCUUGUUGGCUCCCCUUCCCCCCCGUUUAAUCGCUCUGUAAUUUAGCUGUUCGCACCCUUCCCCUUCGUUUGCCACCGGGUAACGUCCGCACUGUGAGUUGGCAGCGCUGCCAAUGACGUGGUGACUCCUGGUCCCGUCUCCCCUCCCCUAUCCCCCGCCGCUGUUUGUGAUUGUGUUUGAAUUUAAUUUAAUCUUGCGCGCGUGUGUAAAAAAAAACCACAAACGACACACGUGGCAGCAAACCACAGAUUCGUUGUAAAGUUCUUUUUAAAUAAAAUGUACGCACUGAC